AUGUAUGUCCGUAACAAACAUGGCAUUGAACAGAUCAACAAGACCAUAUGUAAAGAAAUGGAGUACUUUAGAGUGAUGGUAUCAUCCAAAGAUAACCCAUUGAUGCACACAUUGUCAAAGUCUAUCGAGUACUUCCUCAAAUAUAAUGAGCACGUGACACUCAAGUACUUGCUCCAAGCACUGAUGACUGCACAUGCACCUGUCACGUCCACUCAGUGCAUUGAGUUCGUCAAUAGAAUGCUAAGAUCUACUUCGAAUCAAGGUCCAAUGAUGAGUAGACCAAUGAUCAACAUGCUCAGAGAGUUAUCAUUUGAAGUUAUCCCAACUAUCUUUAGACAGUAUAUGAUGUUGUCAUGUCUGCGUCUUGGUGACAUUGAUUUACUAACCAGCAUGGUGUUGGACUUGGAUGACAAACAGAGGAUUGAGAUGAUACCCGGCAUGUUCAACAAUGCGAUUGAGAAGAUGGACCUCUUCAAGGAACAGCCCCCACAUGUCAUCAUGCAGUUGCUCACACUGUUGGAACCUAUACAAUCAUUCAGGGAUGGAUGCUCAAGGUACAUUGACAUCUUGCUCAAGCAUGGCAGAGACGACGUUGUACUUCAAUUCUGUCACCUUGAGCACUUACUUCAACAACUCAACUAUCAGUGGACGCCUCUCUUUGGCAAGUUCAGGCUCGAUAGCUCCAAUCUGGCCUUCCUCAAACUGGUGCGUGAUGAAGUACAUGGGCGCGUGUUCUUUGACUAUCCCCUAGGCGAGCCAGUCACAAUCAGCAACAAUAUGUUGUCCGAGGCGUUGAUGAGGGGCGAUGUUGAAUGUGCAAGAUACAUGAUCGAGAACUUUGGAAAGUGUCACAUGCACCUGAAUAACUAUCGAUGGAUUGUGCGAGACAUGCUUUUGACAGAUGAUGUCCUUCAAACAAUGGACUUGCUGAUGGCCAACAUUGACACUGUGGAAUGCUCAUUCACCAACCUUGCAUAUCGAGCCAUCAGUGAGAAACGAACAGAUGUCAUUGAUCGACUGAUUAAAUACGUUGCUGACCAGACUAAUCCAGACUUGGACGACUUAGUUCAAAGAUUCAUCACGAAUCAUGUGAACUCCCAAGCAUCAAGAACACCUAUCACGCUUAAGGCCGUUGUCAAUGAUCCAUUCAAUCAAGACAAGAUUGAAUGUUCACUAUGGCACUCAAUCAACAAGAUGGACAUUAAUCACAUUGAUCGCUUAUUACAAUCUGAGAAGCACUUGGGAAGACCUGAUGCGGUCUCUGGCAAGUUCUUAAGAACAGACAUCAUUGUAUACUUUGCCGAUGAUAAGAAUCUUCCUUACAUCAUUGGCAUGUCUGGAGAUGACUUCAACAACAUAUGGACACGAAUGGACGAUAAUGUUAUAUCUGAUCCAAGAGUACAUCAAUUGAUCGCACCAACUACCAAUAUAUUUAUCAUCAACAUCCAUAUCAUUCAACACAUUCUGGAUCAUUAUCUGAGCAGUGAUAAUAAUCCCAUGAUAAAUCCACCAUCCAUUGGCUUGGCAAUCAAAAUGAUGGAGCAACACCCUUCAUGUAUCUCAUCAUUCCAAGACUUGUUGGACUUAUUCUCAAUCAACCCAAUCAAUACCAAGUGGCAAAAGUACAACAACAUUAUUAUGCCCUACAACUACUACGAGCGUACUAAUUACUUUAGGUAUGCUUAUGAACAUGGACACCUAAUCAAUGCAAAGUAUUAUCUUUAA